AUGAGACGUCAAAGGAAAAAUGGGCAAUCUGAGGCAUUUAAGCAGUACCUCUCUCUUUCAUCGAAUCUUAAUAAGUCUGCUGAGAGACAUGACUCCAGAGCUGGUUUGACGAAAAAUUUCUCAAACCACUCCAGACUAUUGGUCCAAACAGUAAAUCUCUUAGCAAGUUCUGCUUCUUUCGUCCGCCUUCAAUUGUUUCCGCACCUGUCUGUCGUUGCGCUGACAGAUCCUCGAAGUGAUUUCAAAGAGAAUAUCGGCGAGGAAGACAAUGAUCCGGCAGAUGAGGAAAAUCCCUUGGAGUGGGUCCAGGGGCCUGACCCUUUUCUAAGCUCUGCGGAUAAGCAUCUAGUGCCUCUUCGUAAGGUACGUAUUCAGCUACUACGACAGCGUGUGGAUAGACAACGCUGGGCUGUAUCCCCUUUUUCAACUGCUACGGGAAACGGACGCGCAUCUCGAGAGCCUGUGAUAUCUCUGACACCAGUGGAAUCACCGCUACUCCACUUCCCCAAUGAGCUCCUUGUUGAGGAGUAUUUACCUGGAGACACUGGAGCAAAUUCUCAUCCAGAUCCGGGGUAUGUGGUUCCGAUGGCAGUCUCAGCCGUUUCGGUGGCGCGCGAUGAGCAAGUAAAGGCUGAGCUAGUGGGGCGGAAGUCAGGCGGAGCAGUCCGCUCCACUGCUACGGCAGAGCGCGGCAUCCUCUUUUUCCCCCAAUCAGACUUGAAUCACCUUUCGGUUAACAACCCCCAGCCGCUGAUCGAGGCAAUCCCCGCGGAAGAAGACAAACUCUCACCUCCACAGUUACUAUGGCAUCCUGAUAGUAACUGUGGGAAUAUGACUGUCCGUGUGCAGUUGUUUAAGGUAAAGCCACCGUUCGUCUCCAUUGGUACCACCCAGCAGAAACUUCAAGAUUCCACUCGAACUAAGGCGCUCGCGGCUUCUUUCAUCCUCGAUGGUGUGAUACGACUCUAUGGUCUGCCACGGCGUGAGGGGCCGGCACGUGGUAUGCUUAGCAAUCGAUUGACCCUUCGUAUCCCCCUUGAUGGUUUCCGCUAUAUCGCAUCCAUUAAGGGCUAUGACAAGGACGGUCGAUCUUCGGAAGUAGGCGUGCUACCGCUCGUUUUUGUUGAGCUUGAUGGAUCUUCGUCUUUUUGUUCCUCCCUCCGACCGCGACAAGUAAUUGGAUCUCGUACAGUGGGCAUACUUUGGUUUAACGGGUCUCCCUUCUCCGUUAGCACUGCCACAUUGCCUUCAUCACUUAGGGCCAGAGGCGGUUUCGACACCGAUCCUGGCUUCACGGUUCAGCUUAAUUUCACGAGCAGUGCCGCGGCAACACGAAUCUAUUUAUUACCAGGUCCCACCGCUGCGGAGGUGCUAAAACAGUAUUACACUUUGACUGGAUUCCCGACGAUGCCGCCUCUAAUGGCACUCGGCUACCACUACCACACACGCAUCCCCCUUACGAAUAACGCCACUAAUUUUGUGCUUGCCAUCAAUCGCGCCUUUUGGGACGGUCGUGUCCCACUCGAAUCAAUCGGUUUGACCUCUUCAACUAUUAAUCAGCACGGAACGUCAUUAACAUGGGAUCAUAAUGUCCUCCCAGACCCGAUGCAUAUCCAGGUAGAACUGUGGCAUUACGGUCGGCGCUCCUUCAUAGUGCGUGUAGCUCCUACUGUACCCAUUAUACAAAGCUCUCCGCUGUACUAUGAAGGGCGUCGCUGCAGGUAUUUCAUCAGCUUGAAUCCUGAUGAUGAUACAUGGUGGGUAGCUUAUGCAAGAGAUGGUCGGCGUAGCCACGUCAUUGACUUUGUGAGUCCCAAAGCGCGACAAUGGUUUAGCCGAAUGUUUAAAUAUAAGAAAUUUAUAAAGUCUACUAAUUUUACGUUUGUGGCGCUGCAGCACGCUGCACCAGUCCUGCUUGGAGCUCCAGAUUCGACGUUGCCCAUGAGUGUUGGUCACACACGUGGCAUCAUACAUCGACAGGUACAUAAUGUUUUCAACACCUAUGUUGCAAUGGCAGUGCAUUACGGUUUGCUCCAUAGAAACGUCUACCAUCGCCGGUCUUUCGUCACGACUGAAAAUUAUUACCUUGGUAUUCAUCGCUUUGGUGGAGUUUUCCUGAACUACAGGUUAUUUUCACGAGAGGGAGUUGUCGAGGCAGCACCAAGGGGUGAUCAAUUAUCGUCCUCGACUGCAGCGCCGCUUGUGUGCUCUCAAAUAGCAUGGCAGCAUUUAAGGGACUCGAUCUAUGACUGCACCUCGUUUGGCAUUAUGGGGAUACCCUUUUCUGGUGUAAAUAUAGCUGAAGGGGUCUCAGAGAGAGAGGCCAUCUGGUCGGAGCUGCCACUACCAGAGAGGGAGGAGUUCCUAACACGAUGGUUUCAAGCGGGAAGUAUAUUCCCUUUGAUGCAAACCGAAGAGCUCCUUGGAGUACCUUCCAGGGAGUGGGAUGCUGUGGUGUCGAGGCUUGCCUUAGCGGUGAGUUACCCAGGUGUUCGCGAUGCAUUAAGAUUUCGCUAUGCAUUGCUGCCUUACCUUUACACUUCUAUCUGGCGCGCGAGUGAAGAUGGUAGUCCAAUGCUACUAGCCUCUAUCAAGCAAGAGGAAAAUGAGGAUAUCGAUAAACAGAACGACGCCUCGGUGUGUGUAAGUGUCGGAAGCGAGUUGAUUGCUUGCCCAUGCGUAAAGCCACUGAGUUCCUCGGCGUCGUGGCGGGAGGAUGCAAUUAUACAGUUGCCAGAUACUUUCCCAGGAGUUGAAUAUAGCAACUACUGGACUGGUGGAUGUUGGGAAGCUGGGGCGAGAGUGUCGUUGUGGCCGGGAGUUGCCAAGGUUGACAAGAGAUGGUUAGGCAAGCCCAAGUCAUUCGAUCACUCAGAAACGGGGAGCACGAACAUCUCUGUCCGGACGGACCUCCCUUUAUUCCAGCGUGUCGGCUCGAUUGUGACAACCUUCCUCGCGUUAGGUGGGCAGAUGGCUAGCACACGCACACCUGCCAACUACAGUCUAACCAUUGCUCUCCCUAGAAGGCUUCGCACGGCUUGGCAGGACUCCUUACGAGACCCAGAUAAACAGAUCCCGCUGGCGAGUGGCGAAGUGUACUGGGAUGACGGCACUAAAAACACACAGAUACAGCCACCUUCACCGAAGGCACAAUCACACCAGGAGCAUGUAUUAUUAUUGAAACAAGCUUAUUGUCAUGUCCGGUUGGAGUGUUACCUGAAGCGCGGCACGCUUAUGCUGUCGGGUACGCAGGUAUCCUCUAGCUGUGCAGAUUCACUAAACGCAUUGGUCUUUACUUGGAACGAUUUACCACCGCAGAUGGAUGCAUGGCUGAGGCCACUAGCGGAGCAACAGGAGAAUGUACGUCAUGCGGAAGAUGUUAAACGUGAUCGAGAGGAGGACAGAGGUCUUCACGAUUCUAAGAGAAAUUUAAAGCAUAGUGAGGCGGAUACGACGACGAGGGGUUCCCUGUACGAUGCGGUCCGUCAUCAGAAUACUACGAUUCGUGAUAAUCUGAACACUACGUUUCUUCUGCACUAUGUAAGGUUUCUUGUAGCAUCUCAAGAAGAUAGAGUAUGGCUUGCUAAGAGACUGGGGUGUAUUGUGGAACCAAAUAAAGAGGCAAAUUCAUUGACACUCGUCGCACGCCUUACAGCGACGCUUAGAGGGCAUGAGGUAGGCGUGCCGUCCAUGAAGUAUAGAGUUCGUUCUUUUUUUGGAGUAAGCCCACCUACAACGGUGUCAGUUGGGGGGAGUCGAUUAGAUCACGUGCGUGAAACCUCUCCAUGGGUCAUUGAAUUUUAA